AUGGCUGAUGAAUGCCAAAAGCUCAAAAACCUCAACAUUAGUCAUUCAAGGUUAAAGACCCUUGACAUUGGGUUGACUCCGAAUCUGGAGAAUUUAGAUCUUGAAAAUUGUAAUUAUUUGGAAGAACUUCACAAGGCUAAUGAAUGCCAAAAGCUCAAAAAUCUCAAACUUAGUCAUUCAAAGUUGAGGACCCUUGACAUUGGGCGGACUCCAAAUUGUGAGAAUUUAGAUCUUGGCAAUUGUAAUUAUUUGGAAGAACUUCAGAUGGCUAAUGAAUGCCAAAUGCUCAAAAACCUCAAAAUUAGUCAUUCAAAGUUGAGAACCAUCGACAUUGGGCUAACUCCAAAUCUCGAGAAUUUAGAUCUUGAAAAUUGUAAUUAUUUGGAAGAAAUUCACGUGGUUGGUGAAUGUCAAAAGCUCAUAAACCUCAACAUUAGUCAUUCAAAAUUGAGGACCCUUAACCUGGGGCCGACUCCAAAUCUCGAGACGUUAGAUCUUAAAGAAUGUUGUAAUUUAGUAGAACUUCACACUCCCAUCGGAUGUCUAAAAAAGCUUGCCCACCUAGACGGAAGUGGUUAUUUGGGGUUUAGAUCUUUUUUGUUUAGUAUAAAGGAUUAUACUUUAUGUGGUGUGGAUGAAUCACAUGAGGUUGGUCCUUUAGCUGAGUUACAUCUGAUUGUGGAGUCCCGAGAAAGCUGCCCACUUCACCCUAACCAUAGUCUGCCCAAGUUUCAGUUUAGUUGCUUUUAUGAAGAAGAUAGACCUUCGCUGACUAGAAAUCUCGAGAAGCUUAUUUCUCUAAGUAAGUGUGCUUGCACAAAUCUUGAGACGUUUUCUGGAAGCAUUUGUGGGUUGCAACGUUUAAGAAAGCUUAAACUCGAAGGCAAUAUUCGAGAUGUGCUUAAGGACCUUGACCAGUUGGAAUGUCUUGAGGAGUUAUUUUUGUUGUCGACAACGAUUAAGCAUCUUCCGGAUAGCAUUUGGAAGUUGAAACAUCUGAAAUCUCUCAAACUUAAUCUUUGUGUGUUGCUUGAGAACUUACCCGAAGAUCUUGGCCAAUUAGAAUGUUUAGAGAGUUUUGAUUUGUCAUAUACAAAGAUCAAGCAUCUUCCGGAUAGUAUUUGUAUGCUGAAACAUUUGAAAUCUCUCAAACUUAAUCAUUCUUUGUCGCUUGAGAAGUUACCAGAGGAUCUUGGCCGAAUAGAAUGUUUAGAGAAGCUUGAUUUGUCAUAUACAAAGAUUAAGCAUCUUCCAAAUAGCAUUUGUAUGUUGAAACAUCUGAAAUCUCUCAAACUUAUAUCCUGUUACGUUCUUGAGAAGUUACCCAAUGAUCUUGGCCGCAUAGAAUGUUUAGAGGACCUAACGUUGUAUUCUUCAAUGAUUAAACAUCUUCCAGAUAGCAUUUGUAUGUUGAAACAUCUGAAGUCUCUUGAACUUUAUCAUUGUCCAUUGCUUGAGAAGUUACCUGAGGAUCUCGGCCAAUUAGAGUGUUUAGAGAAGCUAUACCUACAGAAGUGUGAAAUGUUACAAGAUAUCCCGAAUAGCAUCUGUGAGAUGAAAUGUCUAAAACAUAUCCAUCUCCGCUAUUGUAUUCGGGUUGAGAAAUUGCCCGAGGGACUUGGAAGUUUAGAAUGUUUAAAAGAGCUAGAUAUAGAAGGUACAAGCAUAAGUCAUCUUCCGCAGAGCAUUCAUUUGUUGAAAGAUCUAUAUAUUAUUGGGUCGAGAGGGCUUGUUCAGUCAUGUGGUUUUAUAUUCGAGACACAACCCCCAGAAUGUGAAACUUCCUGCUGCAUAGAAAUGGAAUGA